AUGGUGCUACUGUACAACCUCCCGCUGCCCUACUGUACAACCUCCUACUGUACAACCCCCUCUGUCCUACUGUACAACCUCCCGCUGCCCUAUUGUACAGGUCCCCAUGGUGCUACUGUACAACCUCUCGCUGCCCUACUGUACAACCCCCUCUGUCUUACUGUACAACCUCCCGCUGCCCUAUUGUACAACCUCCCGCUGCCCUUUUGUACAACCUCCUGCUGUCCUACUGUACAACCUCCCGCUGCCCUACUGUACAACCUCCCGCUGUCCUACUGUACAAUCUCCUUCUGCCCUACUGUACAACCUCCCGCUGCCGUACUGUACAGGUCCCCAUGGUGCUACUGUACAACCUCCCGCUGCCCUACUGUACAACAUCCCAGUGCCCUACUGUACAACCUCCCGCUCUCUUACUGUACAACUUCCCGCUGCCCUAUUGAACAGGUCCCCAUGGUGCUACUGUACAACCUCCCGCUGCCCUACUGUACAACCUCCUACUGUACAACCCCCUCUGUCCUACUGUACAACCUCCCGCUGCCCUAUUGUACAACCUCCAGCUGCCCUAUUGUACAGGUCCCCAUGGUGCUACUGUACAACCUCUCGCUGCCCUACUGUACAACCUCCCGCUGUCCUACUGUACAACCUCCCGCUGACCUACUGUACAACCCCCUCUGUCUUACUGUACAACCUCCCGCUGCCCUAUUGUACAACCUCCCGCUGCCCUUUUGUACAACCUCCUGCUGCCCUACUGUACAACCUCCCGCUGCCCUACUGUACAACCUCCUGCUGUCCUACUGUACAACCUCCUGCUGCCCAACCUCCUGCUGUCCCAACCUCCUUCUGCCCUACUGUACAACCUCCCGCUGUCCAACCUCCCGCUGCCCUACUGUACAACCUCCCGCUGCCCUACUGUACAGGUCCCCAUGGUGCUACUGUACAACCUCCCUCUGCCCUACUGUACAGGUCCCCAUGGUGCUACUGUACAACCUCCUGCUGUCCUACUGUACAACCUCCGCUGCCCUACUGUACAACCUCCCGCUGUCUUACUGUACAACCUCCCGCUGCCCUACUGUACCCAUGGUGCUACUGUACAACCUCCCGCUGCCCUACUGUACAACCUCCUACUGUACAAUCCCCUCUGUCCUACUGUACAACCUCCCGCUGCCCUAUUGUACAACCUCCCGCUGCCCUAUUGUACAGGUCCCCAUGGUGCUACUGUACAACCUCCCUCUGCCCUACUGUACAACCUCCCGCUGUCCUACUGUACAACCUCCCGCUGUCCUACUGUACAACCCCUUCUGUCUUACUUACAACCUCCUGCUGUCCUCCCCCUCCCGCUGUCCUACAGUACAACCUCCCGCUGUCCUACAGUACAACCUCCCGCUGUCCUACUGUACAACCUCCCGCUGCCGUACUGUACAGGUCCCGAUGCUUCUACUGUACAACCUCCCUCUGUCCUACCGUACAACAUCCCGCUGCCCUACUGUACAACCUCCCGCUGUCCUAUUCGGUUCCAUCAACCAGCGAAGGUUCCAUCUGAGCUACAUAACAAAACUGCCACCGGCGCGUUCCGAGUACUGCACUGCAGCGUUGUAG